GGCGGAUUCCGGGCCUAAUUGGACUUUGGCCUUCUUCACGCUUCACUAUAAGAGUACAUUUAAAGAACUGCCACUCAUUUUCCCGGCCCGACAAUGGACACCGUACAGGCCGGUGGAGCGCUACCCGGAGAUAAUGACUCCUCCCUUUCUUCGUCCCCUGUCAGCAUCUUUUCCCGUUGGACCUUCGCCGUCUCGAGGGGUUACCAGUACCUGCUGGACAAGACGGUUCCCCACAUUCUUUGCCGAUGGAUCGCCUGUCUGUUCAUUGCUUUCAUCUAUGCCGUACGCGUGUACUUCGUCCAGGGAUUUUAUAUCAUCACCUACGGCCUUGGCAUUUAUAUGCUUAAUCUCUUGAUAGGGUUUCUCUCCCCUCAGAUUGAUCCCGAGAUCUAUGACGGGCCCACUCUCCCCACCCGUGGAUCGGACGAGUUCCGCCCUUUUGUUCGCCGUCUACCGGAAUUCAAGUUCUGGUACUCUAUUACCAAGGCUUUCUUCAUUGCUUUUCUCAUGACAUUCUUUGCCGUCUUUGAUGUACCUGUCUUUUGGCCAAUACUCCUUUUCUAUUGGCUGGUACUUUUUGUCCUCACUAUGAGGAGACAGAUAAUGCACAUGAUCAAAUACAAAUAUGUUCCAUUCUCGUUUGGCAAACAGCGUUAUGAUGGAAAGAAGGUACCUUCAACUGACAGCACGAACCCUCCCAGGGAUUGAAUUCCGAAGGUGGAAUGCUUGAAGGCUUUGGUUGUUGUAGAAGUUAUUUUGAUGACUAAUUUUGGUGGAAUGAGUGAUUAUUCUUGUUCCUCAGAUUCUCCAGAUUUUGGUACUAGAUGAAAUUUUUAGCUUUUAGAAAGCAAAGUGAUCCCUAAUGUUAUUCUUCAGGGAGGAAUACUUUGUAUAUAGAGCAGCAUGCUACAUUUCUUGAGCAAAAUUGUUAAUUUAAUGAUUUGUAGUUUACAAGGGGAGUGCCAACCAAGCAAUGCAGAAGGAUUAUUCUAAAUUCAGUUGACAAUGCCAAUUUCUCAUUCUGUGAAAUGCGGUUUAACUGAUUUUAAAUGCCAUCGCCUGGAUUCUCCCCUUGUGACUGAUGUAUCCAUAUAGUUUCUCUAUUAGAAUUCCAAACUUGUUUUUAAUAAUUUAGCACAUUCUAAGGAUAGAAGCUUUUAUUUUAAUAGAAGAUUUUUUUUUUGGUUAGUUA